GGUAACUCCGGUUCUAUCCUUUGUCGAAGCGGAAGAGGCAUAAAAUCUGCAAUGUGGAGUCCUGUGUGAGGUGAUGCUGUAGACGAGUUACAGCGCUAUAGCAGCACACUCAAUAUGAGGAAAAUGCGAUUCAUGCAAUAAAUAAACCCGUUCCUCUUGCCCCCGCUCCAGCUGUAUGGACACGGCGUGUCUUUCCUCCAAGGUGUACCCUGUUGAGGUGUUGAGGCUUCGUCAGUAUGCGAUGGGGAAUUGUUGGGCUCAGUGUUGUGGGUUUUUCAAAAGGGAAACCAGCAGGAUCCACAGAGGAGGAGGUUCCAAAUACUUUCGAACCAAUACUACUGGAGAACACUUUACCGUAGAGUUUGAGAAUCUCGUAGAGAGCGAUGAGGAUGAGAGCCAAGGAAGCAGCCAAAGACCGCUAAGUGAAGAAGAAAUUGGACAUCUUAAAGAAAAACGGUAUAAUGCAAUCACAGAAAAUCAGAAGACGGCAGAUGAAAAGCUUCACUCUGAGUUAGCUGCACAGGAGGAGAAGUUAAGGAUAGAAGAGGAGGCUUUUUACGCUGCCCAGCGUGAAGCUGCCAGGGCAGCAAUACAGAGCAAGCUUCUGGAGCAUAGGCUCCACAAGAUGAAACAGAGGCCGCAACUUGCAGGGAGCGGGGAUUACCAAAAAAGUUCAGCUGCAGGGGAGGACUUUGAAACCUAUCUACGGAAUGUAAAGGCUCGGUCAGAAGCCUUCAGGAGCAGUAGAGCCACCUCCGAGACAAAUAUGACUCCAAACACAGAAAGCAGUUGUGACUUUACAAGCAAAACCAGGUCCACUAAUGAUGACACAUCGCUGGACCUGGAGUGGGAGGACGAAGAAGGGAUGAACACAAUGAUUCCAGUGAGGGAGCGAUCUAAAACUGAGGAGGACUUACUCCGUGCAGCACUGAGACCAAGCGGUAGGAGAACAGGUAGCAACCCCACGUCAACCUCUGACGAUUCCAAUGGACUGGAGUGGGAAAACGAUUUUGUUGGCACCCAGAUUGACGACAAUGGCAAUUCUGAAUAUGCAGGGUUUGUGAACCCAGUUUUAGAACUCUCCUCCUCCUCCAGCGACUUGCAAAAGAGUGACAGCAACCAGCAAGAUAGAUAGUGUAAACAGACAGGAGUUGUUUGAAGUGCAACCAAACUGGUAAACUGUUGUCCUUCUGAUCGUGUUUUUUCUUUUUCUCAAGCCUGUCUUAAUUUUGCCUUUUUGGAAUUACCGGGUCUGCAAUAUGCGGGCUGAGUGCGUCUGUUGCAGAAAAGCGCUCUGAACUAAGUGCUAUUUGGGGUUCGAACAUCUGCCCAGAGAGCACACCAAUCUGUAUGCUGCAUAUACUGGAUUUUCAUUUUGGUCGGUGAGAAAUUACUGUAAAAUUUGGGGGAAGGUGGGGGUGGGCGGCUUGUCCUUUGUUGCAUUAACACUGUUAUCUGAUGUAUAGCACAUAGGAUCAGAUUAAGGAUUUUGUGGUUUUUAUAAUAUGAAAAGAUUCCUCCUGUCUUUGUUUUUUUUGGGUUUUUUUCACAUUUUAACCCCCCCCCCCCCCCCCCCCCCUGAAAAUUCAAAUCAUACUACUUCAAAUAUAAAACAUUUCAACUGUAGAUCUGGAAGUGUUUUAUAAAUGGCUUUAAUGCAGGGAAGACAAUGCAUCUAUGAUUACGGAAACAUGAUUUUUCAAACUAUUUAUCCAUUCCAAUGCUGCAUAUGGUAAACUUACCUUAACCUUAAAUCAUUGACUUCCUUCAUGUGAAAACACUUGAUUUGUCAAGAUGGUUUCUGUAAAUAUUUGUCCAGCCUUAUUGAAGCAAAUCAUUUUAAACUGUUCACUAACAUGCCUUGGUAUCCUUAUGUUUAAGUUAAAGGUGUGACAAAGAAUGUAUUUUAUUUUAGCUAAUCAGAAAUGUGUUGCUGUGUGCAACAGGCAUGCUGUGAGACAUAAAGCAAAUUGUUUUUAGCUGUGCUGCUUCUCCUUCACUCUUAGUGUAUGUUCUUUUUUUACUGAGUAGUUUUUUGCAACCAGAUUAAAACAAAAGAUUAUUCACGCAA